UUAUCCGCCUUAGACACAGUAUGGCUUCUAAUUAUAUCUUUUACCGUGUUGAGGACGAUGACUCGCAAGCGCGAACUGUGCGAGGAAAAGGUGUCUUGGCUCGUGACAAAAGAACCAGUAUUGACUUUAAUGCCAGGCGCCCACAGGAGUGCUGGGAGCUUAGACGUUAUAUCAUGAAUCAUUUAGACUGGGCCCACCGGCAACAUUUGCCUUUCAUUUCGGUAUACGAUGACGAGAACACUGCAGUGCGGGAAGCAGAACGACGUGUUGAACAAAGAAAGCGAAACGUUACCAUCACCGUGAUUGACGUGAAGAAGGCAUGGCGCAAAGUGGAAUACCGCAGUGUACGGAAACUUGCUUGUUGGCUGGAGUUCUGGAUUCCUAAGCAAGCGUGGCAUAACAGCAAGCACGAAUACUUGUUUUUUUGUCACAUACCUGCGAGAGCCGUUGUCUUCCAUGAUGGAUAUGAGAAGUUCAAGAGGGGGCUGUUGAUAUCAAGAGGAUAGACUUGCACGAUGGUGUACGCAUGAAGGCCAAGAGGAACGCGGGAGGAAAUCUCAUCGGUCGCUUGUUGAAAUCAUGAGAGAAUUUGUGUCUGUUGGUAUUUCGUGGAAAUUGUUAGUGGUAGCAAUCCAUGCAAGCCAAGCCGUUGGUCCCGUUAGCACUGUAGAGAAAGGUGCCCUGCGGCAUUCUGUUCAAGAUAGUCUGGCAUCUCCAAUGUCUUCCCUAACGCCGUAGAUCGGCGAGAGACCUGAUAUGAUGUGGAAGUUGAUAUGUAUUGAUGUGAUAGACAGUCAUACUCCCA